CUUGCUUACCUCUCAGAGACAUGCGGCUUAAAAUAAUGUUUCAUAUCUGUAGGUGCCUGCAAACUGUGGCCUCGAAAAAAUUGGAGUUUUUGCACCAGGCAUUCUUCGCCACCUACCGAUAGUUCUAUAUCAGCGAUAUUACUAUCCAGUUGAUAUAGCUUCGAAUUGGCCCAUACCCAUGCCCCAAUCAGAGCGUCAUUCCCGUGGCAGAAUCAGAGUCCGCGUCUACGAAAGCCCUGUUGAAGAUCCAAUGCCUUCCCCCCCGCGUAACGAACGUACUCGGAGCUAUGAAAGGACUUCUCAGCCCUUGAAUUCGAAUGGGGCUCGACAGGAAAACAGAUCCAAUCCAUAUCCUGCCCCUCCGAUCUAUGGCCAACGAAAUGACGACCCUAACUAUUCCUACAAUCCGGCAUACAACAGCGGCAAUCCCUUUGCUCCAAACCCCCAGGGCUACAACCCCAACGGUUAUGAUCCGAGAUUUCAGUAUCACAGCACCAACGUCUAUCUUCAGCCUCCCUACACCAAUCCCUUCCCUCAAGCGGUCCCGCCUUUUGCACCAACACCCCCUAAUCCCCUUACUUCCCGCUAUAACCAAGGCCACUUUCCGCAUCCCGACCAUGCCUACAUGCCUUCUCCACAAUAUGAUAGCAGCCCGAAUUAUCCCACAGCCCCCAGGAACGUCUAUUACGGGCCUGAGUAUCAAGACAUUGCAAGCUCUGCCGGCACUGUUGGUUCCCCGUCCAUGAGCUCAACUUCGUCCAUGGAGAGGGACAUGAAGAGAUUUAAAAAGACACUGAGAAAGGUCACACGCCAACUGAACUCUGCCAGACGUCACGAAGACAUUGAAAAGGCAGUAGAGCGUCAGCUCUCUGGACGGCGCUGGUAAAACCACGCUCGGAUUAUUUCGGGCAAGUCAUGAUGACAGGAAUUCGGAUAACAGGACAGAAUUCCUGUUCCAAUUGAGGGAGGUCAGCGAUCCUUCUCGACUAUUUGAAGCUCAGGCCCACUCAAGA